AUGCCAACCAGACAGGCAACACCGCAAUGGCGGUUCUGGAGCGUCUUCGCCGCCCUCAGCCUGCUGAGUCUCAUUGCUUCGGUCGACAUCAGUAUUGUCACCACGGCCCUUCCCACAAUCACCCGUGCGAUCGGGGGUGAGCGCCAGUACGUUUGGAUCGCGAACUCAUACCCGCUGGCUUCAACCGUGCCACAGCCGCUGUAUGCCCAGAUCUCCAACCUGAUCGGGCGGCGAAACCCCGUUUUGUUUGCGGUGUCCCUCUUUGCGGUGGGCAGUGGCAUCGCGGGAGGCGCAACAAACACAGCCAUGCUUAUUGUAGGCCGUGUAGUCCAGGGCCUCGGGACCGGCGGCAUCUACGUGCUUUCCGCCAUCAUCGUGAGCGACCUCGUGCCGCUGCGUCAGCGCAGCCAGUACGUGAGCGUCAUGUUUCUAACGGCGGCAGUCGGGGGCGCCAUUGGCCCGCUGGUAGGCGGUGCAUUUGCUGAGCGUGACUGGCGCUGGAUUUUCUAUUUAAACGUCCCGGCUUCGGGCGUAUCCUUGGUGGUGAUGUUCAUCGCGUUGAAGGAGAAGUCGAGGGCCGUCGCAACAAAUGACGCCUCGAUCAGGGGCGUCCUGGUGCGAGUUGACCUGCUGGGGAGUGUGAUCUUCAUCCCGUCAGUGCUGGCCAUCCUCUUGGGGCUCGUCCUCGGCGGGGUCGACUAUCCCUGGUCAUCAUACCACAUCAUCGUUCCUCUGGUCAUUGGCUUUGUCGGAUGGGGGUCAUUCCACGUGUAUCAGACUUUCUGCAAAGAGCCCAGUGUGCCGAAUCAUCUGUUUAAGAAUCGGACAACUGUCGUAGCCUUUGGGAUGGGCUUCAUUGCCUUCAUGCUGACACAAGUCGCGUCAUAUUUCCUACCAGUCUACUUCAUGACCGUGGCAGGCGCAUCGCCGGUCCGCGCCGGCGUUGACUGCUUGCUCUACUCAGUCAUGGUACCAGUGAGUGCUGUAGGCGCAGGGGCAUUCGUGGCCCGGAGCGGGCGGUAUAGGCCGUUGUUUUGGGGCGGCUUUGCACUACAGGCUGUGGGCUAUGGUCUGCUAUCGACAUUGGGGGGCAUAUAUUCACAGGCUCGGUCAUACGCGUAUGAAUUUCUCGUGGCCAUUGGGACAGGCCUUGUUAUACCUGCCAUUUCGUCAGCACUGAUGGCGCCACUCCCCGAGUCCGACGUUGCCUGUGUCAAUGGCGUGUAUUCAUUUCUGCGGUCGUUCGCUUUUGUGUGGGGCGUCACCAUCUCGUCGAUCGUCUUCAACAGUCAGUUCGACACCCAUGGGAGCCAGAUCCAGGACGAUACAGUGCGGACUAAGUUUGCUGACGGCGCCGCUUAUACUUCUGCCAGUGGAGGGUUCAUCGCGGGACUUCCACAGUCCACUAGGAAGAAGGUAAUUGCCGUCUACAUGGAUGCUCUUGGCACAGUAUGGCAGGUAGCGAUCGCAUUAUCUUGUGUGGGGUUUCUUCUGGGGCUGGUUGCGAAACAUGUUCCGUUGAGAGAGGAGCUUCAUACGGAGUAUGGAUUGGAGGAAAGCACGAAUACCGGUGAUUGUGAGCAACUUGAACGUGAGACUGCCGAGAGCAAAUAA